AUGGGCAACGAGCUCCGCGUCCUCCCUGCUGGUGCAGGCUAUGGAAUCGUCAUCGGCAUUGGCGGAGUAUUUGCCCUCUUUAUGCUAAGCCUAACCUGGCUCCAAAACCGCUACACCCGGUUCUCAACCCACCAAGCCGAAGAAUUCAACACAGCCUCCCGCUCCGUCAAACCAGGCCUAAUCAGCGCCGGCAUCGUCUCAUCCUGGACAUGGUCCGCCACACUCCUAACAAGUUCAACAUUCGCCUACGAAUAUGGCGUCUGCGGACCGAUGUGGUACGCCGCAAUGGGAACACUCCAGAUUCUGCUAUUCAGCUUGAUCGCGAUUAAAAUCAAGACGAAUGCCCCCGGUGCGCAUACGAUGCCGGAAAUUGUGCUGGCGCGACAUGGGAAGAUUGCUCAUUUGACAUAUUUGUAUUACGGGCUGGCGACUAAUAUGCUUGUCGGUGCUUGUUUAGUUCUCGGUGGUGCACAGGUUGUUGAGGCAUUGACGGGGAUGAAUGUUUAUGCAGCGACGUUUCUUAUUCCUGCCGUUGUGGUGGCGUAUGUUAUUGCGGGUGGAUUGCGGUCGACCUUCAUUGCUGAUUAUACCCAUACCGUGAUUCUAUUCAUUGUGAUUUUGGUAUUUGGCUUUUUGAUUACUGCUACCAGUGAUUUGGUUGGUAGUCCCGGCAAGUUGUACGAUCUUCUGCAAGCGGCCUCGAAGACGAUGCCCAUCGACGGCAACACCGAAGGUUCGCAUUUGGCGUUUCGCUCCGUGGGAGGAUUGAUAUUUGCCUUUGACUUGUUUGUAGCUGGGUUCUCUACUGUCUGGUUGGAUCAGGCUUAUUGGCAGAGAGCUAUUGCCUCGAAGCCGGAGACUUCAGUGAAGGCGUAUAUCCUCGGUGGCAUUGCGUGGUAUGGCAUUCCAUUCGGAUUCGCGACAGUCAUGGGCCUGGGCUGUGUAGCUCUUACAGGAGACCCGAGAUUCCCUACAUACCCAAACCCACUAUCCACCGAACAAGUUAGCGCAGGGUUGUCUGCACCAGCAACAGCCGUUGCACUCCUCGGAAAAGGCGGCGCAGUAUUGAUGCUGAUCCUUUUGUUCAUGGCUGUGACUAGCUCAACCUCUGCAGAGCUGAUUGCAGUCUCAUCGCUGUUGACCUUUGACGUGUACAAGACAUACUAUCGUCCCACGACUACCUCGACCGAUCUGGUCAGGGUGAGCCAUUGGGCGAUCGUAGUAUACGGACUAGUCCUCGCCGCGUUCUGCUGUGUCCUAAAUGCAGUCGGUAUCAGCUUGACCUGGGUAUUGACUGUGCUGGGUGUGAUCGUGGGCGGUGCCGCUCUGCCCGUCGGGAUGAUUCUCUUGUGGAAACCCAUGUCGACCGUUGCAGCCAUUGGCGCGCCCUGGAUUGGCUUCCUAUGCGGUGUCAUCGUCUGGUUCAUCACGGCAUGGAAGCGUAAUGGGGCAAUUACCGUCGCCAGUACUGGAGACACAACCAAUGCUCUGGCUGGGAAUAUUGCGUCGUUCGGAGUCGGGUUCAUCAUGGCCGUCGUGUUGAGCUAUGCAUUCCCCAAAAACCAUAUAUCUCCAGAGAUGAACGCGAUCACUGGUAUUGCAGCAAGCACCGAAUCUCACACGCCAACCCAGGACCAGACCCCUCCGACCGAGGAAAAGGAGAAGACAACCCCAGAGCCAGUAUCCGACGAGAUUAUGCAAUCGCAACCAGUACCGACUUCGAGAAAUGAAUUAAUCGACUAUCUCGAAUCCAGCACAAUCGAGCCCAUGGACCCCGAGCUCGCGCGAAAAGGCACACGUAUCGCCAUAAUCGCCAACAUAAUAUUCUUCUUCGGUGCUGUCAUCCUAGUACCCUUUACAUUAUUCGGCACCAGCUAUGUAUACAGCAAGUCCUUCUUCACAGGCUGGGUGGUGGUAUCUUUUAUCUGGAUCUGGACGAGUGUGAUGAUUUGCGUCGUUUAUCCCGUGGUGGAAAGUAUGGGGGCAUUGCGGAGCAUUGUGGGUGGUCUGUGGGGCGAUGUGAAGGCUGUGCUGGGCCGUCGCAAGGAGAAAGUGGCCGUUAUUCGCGACGCGGCAUGA